GAGAUCAGAUAUAGCGAAUGCAGGGUCCGGGGAGACCGGAUAUAGUGAAUGCAGGGUCCGGGGAGACCGGAUAUAGUGAAUGCAGGGUCCGGGGAGACCGGAUAUAGUGAAUGCAGGGUCAGAGACCGGAUAUAGUGAAUGCAGGGUCCGGGGAGACCAGAUAUAGUGAAUGCAGGGUCUGGGGAGACCAGAUAUAGCAAAUGCAGGGUCCAGGGGCUCCAGGAAAUCAAUGCCAAAGGAAGGCCAGGGGAACCAGAACAAAAAGAAGCCUAUGGAUAGCAUUUCAGAGAUGCUGCCCUCCUGCACAGAUGGGGAAAUCAACAACUAGAAAAAAGCCUACAGGUAGUGCAAACACCUAGUGCAU